UAUGACCGGACCCAAUAUGCACCUUAACAACACGUAUGGCUGUCUAUUCGUCGGAAUACUUUUCGCUAUUAUAUUGUACGGUUUAGGAUGCGCACAGACGAUCUACUAUGCUAGAUGGUAUCGAAAAGAUCCAAUGUGGACGAAACUCCUAGUGGCAUUCACAUGGCUCUUUGACACCUGCAGAACUAUACUAGAUGUUUCGUUGCUGUGGGAAUACACCGUCACAAUUCAUGGCAACCCUGAAGGCCUCGAGGUAUUAAGAAAUGAACUGUUUGCAGAGUUCUUCAUGAACUCUUUCACAGUUGUGAUUGUGCAACUAUACUUCAUCUACAUCGUCUGGAACCUCUUUAUCGAUGGCCGCAAUCGCUUCCGUAUAUCGGUUACUGCUGCUGCAAUCGCGCUAGCUCUGCUCUCAUUUGGUGCAAAUUGUGGACUCGUGUACCGCUUUUCCUUAAGUCAUUCUAUCGCUGCUGCUGAAGACAAUGUUACUGUUACGGCCUCCAUUGCGACCGUGACGGCCGUUGUGACGGACAUAUACAUCACCAUAUCCUUGUGUCUGAUCCUCUCCUCGAAGCGGACAGGCUACCAACGUACUGAAUACUUCAUAUCUGCUCUGAUCGGAUAUGCGAUCCGACGAGGAAUCUUCACAGCACUUGUUCAGGGUCUUCAUUUCCUGACGUAUAUCUCAACUUUCAAGCAAAGUUCAUUGUACUGGAUGCUUUUUCACUUCCCGUCCAGUAAAGUUUAUGUAAACUCUAUGUUGGCGGUGCUCAAUGUUCGGAAGACCGUUUUGGAGAAGGCAGUCCCUAUGAUUCACGCCGAUGGGAUGGAAUUGGAAAUGGAUGUCGUAUCCCGCGAUGCUGGGUCGAAGACUGUCAGAACAGCGUCCACAAACAUGUCCAAGCGCGCAAGGCGUUACUCACCUGCGCACAUCAAGGUAACCAGAGACGUUGUUGGGGAUGACGGGAGGACUGUCGACGUUAUUCUCAAUGACGCCGUGUCGAGCUAUGAUAGUGCUCGUGAGGUUGGUGAGAAGGUAUAAUCUUGUAGUUGCCUUCCUUCAUAAGACCAUGGAUGAACUUUACCCUUGUAAAAUGCACGGUACAUGCGCGGGCCAGGCGAUUCCGUGGGGUCUCAAAGUUAUGAAAUCUAGUAUUUAUGCUCCAUUAACUUCGCUGUAGUCAAG